ACAGGACCAUCAGAAAACCAGCGACCGUUCUAAAGAAAGCAUCAGAUCGAAGAAUAUAAUUUUACAUUCCAGUUUGUCGUUUUAAACAGUAUUUUAAACAUGAAGUCAAUGUUGGUCAGCGCAGUUUUAGUGUUUUUCUUACUCGCUGAAUUCACUGCAGCAGAGAUGGACCACGACAAGAAUCGGCGAGGUGCCAAUAUGGGGCUGUAUGCCUUUCCGCGCGUCGGCCGCGGAGAUCCCAGUUUGGCCAACAGUCUGCGCGACGGAUUUGAAGCCGGAGUCCUCGACGGCAUUUACGGAGAUGCCUCCCAGGAGGAUUAUAAUGAGGCGGACUUCCAGAAGCGGGCCAGCGGUCUGGUGGCCUUCCCGCGCGUGGGUCGCGGCGAUGCCGAGCUGCGCAAGUGGGCCCACCUCCUGGCCCUGCAACAGGUGCUGGACAAGCGCACAGGACCCAGUGCCUCCUCGGGAUUGUGGUUCGGUCCCCGGCUCGGCAAGCGCAGUGUGGAUGCCAAGUCCUUUGCGGACAGCACCAAGGGACAGAAGGAAUUCAACUAGACUGGACCCACACACACUCCGCCCUCGAGAACGACCCCUUUUUGACACUCUAAAUGUCGUAAACACACAUUUGUAUAUCAAAGAGCACGCUUCUAAUUGAAUAUUGUAACGGGUAUACAACAAAUAUGGUUUUCGGUCAAAUAUAUUAUGAACUAAGGGCUGGUGAGAGCUUGUAAUUAA